CGGAAAUUACAAAACUGCUCAGGUGGUUCCUACAGAGCCUUAUAAACAACCAGGUUCUGUGACUCUUCACACUGACCUGGCCCAUUCUCCCUAAAGGAUGGGUCUCCUCCUUCCCUUGGUGCUCUGUGCCCUGGCCUCAAGCCUCAGUGCUAGAUCCCCACCUCAACAGGUCGUAGCACCACGGCCACCCCUUUUACUCUCUCGAGGCUGCAAUGACUCAGAUGUGCUGUCCUUUGCUGACUUUGCCCUGGAGAACAUCAACAAGGACCGAACAGAUGGCUACAUACUCCGCCUCAACCGAGUGAGCGAUGCUCGUGAACAGAGACAGGAUGAUGAACCAGGAGGAUCUCUUUUCUAUCUCACCCUGGAUGUGUUAGAGACAAGCUGCCAUGUGCUCAGCCGGAAGUCCUGGAAGGACUGUUCAGAGAGGUUUCUGGGUGGCUUAGUUUAUGGCCAAUGCAAGGCAUUAUUUUACAUUAACAGACCAAGACGGGUUCUCCAUACAGUUGCUUAUAAUUGUACUCUUCGUCCAGUUUCUCGAAGAAGUGUUCACAUGACUUGUCCUGACUGCCCCAGCCCUGUCCCCAUUGAUGGGUCAAAUCCCAAGGUUUUGGAAGCUGCCACAGAGUCUCUUGCAAAAUACAACAGAGAGAGCACCUCGAAGAAGUAUUCUCUCGUUGAAGUCACACAGGCUACCAGUCAGGGGGGAUUUGGUUCAUUUUACUUUGUGGAAUAUUUAAUCAAAGAGUCACCUCCUCCGUGUACCAAAUCUAUGGACAGCAUCUGUGUACUUCCCUCUGACUUGCCUGUUGGUCUUUGCAAAGGCUCUCUGGUAGAAGUCCACACGAAAAGGACUGUCACUGUGUCUUGUGAUUUCUUUGAAUUACAGGCUACUGCUCCUGGAGGUGAAAAUGUUGCUGUUCAAACACCACCUCCCAAACUCCCCAAGGCGCUAGAAACCACGCAGAAGAAAGCAGAGCUCCUAGACGCAGUGUCCAAAACAGAACCCAAAGGAACUGUCAAGAAACUCCCUGAUUUGGAUGAUGAGAGGCCCGAGCAGUUGCAGGAUAAAAGUCCUCAGUUGCGGAAUCAAAGUCCUGACGAAGCCUUCCCUGUGCAUCUGGAUCUAACCAACAAACCUGAAGGAGAGCUCCUGGACGUUUCCUUCCUCUUCAUGGGGCCUUUGGAGGAAAAGCUGCUCAUCCUACCUUUUCCUUCAAAAGAACAACGCUCUGCUGAGUGUCCAGGAGUAGCCCAGAAUGAGAACCCACUUAUUCUCCCCCUGUGAGCACCACAGAGAAGAUUCCAGGGAUCUUGAAGCAGAUGGAAGUGGUAGGGAGAGGGACAGAGAGAGAUAAGAUGUACAGAGUGGCUAAUAAAAGUGUCUUAGACUAUAUUUGGUCUCAGCAU